AAGGACGUAUCGAGUAGAAAAUUUUUGUGGAAGUGGGCAAAGUACUAGGCAAAGCACAGGAAAAAAUUUGCUCAAGCGAGCCUCUUGUAACCUGAGUUAUUAUAGAAACAUAUCUAAACAAGUGAUUGUACUAGAAAGUCACGUUUCUCUCACGUUUAAAAUCUUCUAACUGUUUUAGUUCUCUUAUUUUCGUCUAAGUAAACGGUUGAAAAGCUGUGAUAAUGGAGUUGCUAGUCUUACUCACUGGCAUCCUGUCCUUGUCCGAACUAUAUCUGACAACUACACAUCUGGUCUCGCUGAAAUUUUUAUUUCAGAAAAUAUCGAAAUAUGGUUAGGAGAUUUUCUUAAGACUGCGGUUUUGCCCGAAAAGAAAACAAUGCAUUCAUGACAUCUUACACAUAUCAUAUUCUUGUCUUAGGAAAAUCCAUGUAGUCAAAAUCGGCCAUAAAUCGACGAUUUUUUAGCGAUUAAUAGCAAUUAAUUGGCGAGUUUUUAGUUUAACAGUUCAUUGGGCUCCUCGGUUCAAAGCUGACUCAAAUCGAAACAAUGAGUCAGCUCUGAGGAAACUACAGAGAACAUCCUUGGCAACUUCGUUUUAAACUAAACUAAAAGAUAAUCUGAAAAGAAGAACAUUUCUUGUUGAAAUCAUGUUUCUUAUAUACUUACUCUACUGCAGAAUAAAAUAGUGAAUAACAAAAAGCCAGCAAUGAAUAGCUUAAAAUCAACAAUUCAUCGCAAUUAAUUGACCAUUAUUAAAAAAAUAGAAAAAUCACCAGGAUCUUUAAGAAUGGCGAUAUAUCGGCGAUUUUUAACAACUGGCAACUUUUCAUGCAAGCCGAUUAGUCGCCAGUUGAUAUAUCGCAAUUUAUGGACGAUUAUAGUCAGAAGUGCGAAUAAUUGGCGAGUUUAUUGUUAAUCGCAAGGAAUCGUCCAGAAUAGAGCGAUGUUAACGACAUGGGAAACCUUUUCGAAAACAUGCAUCUGUGGCGCAUUGUAAGGCAUCUGAAUUGAGAAGUGAUUUUCAGAAUAAAACACUAGUGCAACGAGAACAUUAACUUAUUUUGACGUUUCCUAGUAGUUCUUAAAAUUGUUUUAACCCUAUAAUUUUCAGAUUCACACUACAUAGUGGACAUUUUGCUAUAGACCAGGCGGACAUGCGAUUUUUUUGAUUCAGAAAGAGACUAUUUUUGCACAAUACUACUUCAUUACGUUUGAAAUGUUAUUAUAAAAUAAAAAACUCGAAUUCGGAAAAAAAUGCUUUUAGACAAAAAAUUCCUGAGAAGAACUCUUACCCUAAAUUUUUCGAAAAAUUUUGUAUUCAGAAAAUGAACAAGUUAUACGUCAUUCGAUGUAGUCGUUAUGCGCUGAUUCUAAAUAUCACAUUACUUUUUUUUAUACAAAUGUUUGUGGGCUGAGAAAAACGCAUUUUACCGAAAACAGCAGAUUUUCUUUUUGGAAAAUCCAUAUCCAAGUCUAGGAAAGUAGUUACAUAAAGUUGCAUGCAGCAUAGCUGACAUGUAGAAGAACAUUUUGGUGUAUUUUAAGCCCACUUCUAAGCGGGGCAAAACGGAGGAAAUCCAUUACAGCUUAAAGGUCUUUCAGGAAACAGUAUUGGUAGUGGGAUAUACUCUGUUUCACUGAACGACUUGCUCUAAAUCGAAAAUUUAUAUUUAGAAAACAAAAGAAAGAUAAUGAAGAUACAAACGUGUGAUGUAUAAUCCAACACUGCACAUAUCUUAAAAAUAAAUAAUAAAUUCAUCAGAUUUUAUUGUUUGUUUCAGGUAAUUAUUUUCAUUCAUCUUCCUACUAUCAAGUGAAUCGCAGUUCAACUUACAGUCAUUUGGGUGCUAUCGUCAGACAUCAAUCACUUUUACCUCGAUUCGAAUCACAGUGUGGUGCUAAUAGUGGACGAUUAAGUAUUGUUCAUUUGAGAGACAACGUCUAUUUGGGUACAUUGGCUGCAUUUCAUAAUGAAAUUGAACUUUGUAAAUUAUCCAUCGAAUAUUUCAUUGACUCAUCAAAUCAACCACCCGAACUGACACGUGGUAAAGGCUACGAAUUAGAGUGUAAGUGUGGUGGAAGACAAGGAACACAUUCAAAAACGGUUUUAACUGUCGAUUAUGAUGAGAAAAAGACGGACUUAUUACAACUAUUCACAGAAAUAAACAAUUUCAUAACAAAAGCAAAACUAAAUAACAAAAAUGUUCUCAUUUAUGGCUGUAAUUUUGCCCCGUAUCUCGUCGGUAGUAUUGGUAUUCAAUAUUUAAUGAAUAGAUAUGGUUGCGAAUAUCAGUAUGCCUAUCAACAAGUAAAUCAGAUCAUUGAAAUUGGACCAUUAUUCAAGAAUUUACUUACAUAUCUCAUCGAUUUGGAUAGACAAAUGAGAUCGAGUCGUGUAUUUUUGCAGAACUUUGAAGAUGAACAAACAUAUGUUUAA